GUUGGUGCAGAUCAAUUCUUCUUUAAUAUAAAUAUCAAAUGCGCAUGCAACUAAUUUAGCCUUCUUCAUAAUGAAAGAUGUUUAAUAUAUUUAUAUUGCAUCGUUUAUAAUUUUGAAAUAAUGUCCUUUGUGGUUCGAAAUCUUCAAAGGUCUGUUCCACUCAGUGUUAAACAUCUGCAGAGUCAUGUCUCUAUUUUAAUGAACCUAUUUGAUUUAAUAGAAAGUUACAGCUUGGGUGUAAUAUGCGUGAGUAAACUGCGCAUAAAAGAGAUGAAUAAAGUGUACCGCAAUGUUGAAGGAUCAACAGACGUUUUGUCAUUUCCAAAUCAUCAGGUAUAUAAACUAUAAGAAUCAUUAAAUUAAAUAAGAUAAAUAAAUACAUUUAAUUGUAUAACCACCCCUCUCUAGAUAAUUAGAUGUAUGGAUUGUCUCUGAAGCUCAUGUUAGUUUCUUCCUGUGUCUUGGCUAAAUAUGCCCCCUCUACAGUGUUAAGCCCCUGGCCCUCUCCAUUCUCCAAUAUGGCCCCUAGCUUCCAUACUUGAAUUGCAAAUACUAGCCUGAGGGUGUUGAUCAAUUUCAUUGUUAAAUCCUGAGUGAAGAGUACUGCACAUGCAGAUCAGUAGAUGAUACCUUAAGUCCUCUAAUACUUAGAACUAGACUAUACAGCCCCCUCUGCAGGCUAGGACUAAGACUAUUGUGUGAUUUAAGUAGUCUAUGUCAAUUAAAAGGUGCAGAUUUCUACAAAAAUAGAUAAUUUAUAUACAAAAUUAAUACAAUAUAAUACAGUAAUCUUAACAAUAAUAAAUACAAAAAUAAAUUUAUAACAUGCCAAUGACCAAAACAAUUGACAAAAGAUUGACGUACUUUAUAUAAACCAUGCAAGUUUACUAGCUAGUACUAGACUUUCAUCACUCGAUCAGUGACAUAGCCAGGAUUUCUAGUCAAGGGGGGCCGAAAAAAUGUGAGGAAGAGGCCCUGCACCAGUUUGAAUAAAAUUAUUUUAUUAUGUGAAAAUGUAUUUUGGACUCCCCUAUAUCAUGCAUGCAUGCAUGCAUAAUAUAGGACAAUUAACUUUUAGGGGGGUGUGGGGGUAUAUGCUACCCUGGGAAAAAAUUUUAAUUCUAGAGUCAGUAAAAAAGUACCAUGAUGUUUUCAGCAUUUUGGGGGCUAUUUUAAUUGUUUUGGUGAUUUCAAAUAACCAGUUAACACAUAACACUAUACUUACUCAUAAACAAAUCCAGAACAUUUAAAACAUGCAUAGAAAGAUAUAAAAUUUCCAUUACAAUUAGAAAUGAAAAUAUAAUCACAUGGCUUAUACUGGUCAGAAUUUUUUCCAAGGGGGCCCAAUAUUUUGCCAGGGGGGACUGGCUAUGUCCCUGAUAACACCACUUUUAUGGACACAACACCACUUGCACAUGCAAUGACAUAUGCAUGCAUGGUGUAUGAUUGGUUGAGAUAAUAAUGUUUUCUAUAACUAGUCACAAAAAUGUUUUGCAGUUUUGGAUUAUCAAAAACUUUAAAAAAUCUCAUCCUUUAGUUUUUAUGAUUUAAUUAACCACCUCUGCUAAAUAAAAAUCUCUAAAAUGGUUUGGUUUCUUUAGAGGGGGAGUGCAAGUUGAGUUGGCGCCACACCCAAUCCAUGAGUUACGUCCAUUGACAUUUUGGGAUCAGAAUUCAGAACCUCAAUUUUAUUAUUUUUUCUAUAUAUACUGCCCUAAAUCAUGUACCUAUUGUAAUUACAUUGUACCUUUGCAGGACAUUAUUCCUGGACAAUUACAGAUUGAGUCACUAGGAUUUGACAACAGCCUUGGAGAUAUAUUUUUAUGUCCAUCUGUUAUCAAACAACAAUGUGUAGAAGAUGAAACAGAUUUUCAAAAUUCUUUACCAGUAUGUGCAAACAUUUGUGAGCUACAAUAUAUAUAAUUAAUAUGUCAAAAAACGUUUGGUCUAUAUAGCUACUGUUUCCUACCUUGGUUUAAUGUACCAGCUAUCCUAAUUUCUUUAUUUGCAUCAUGCAAAAAUAAUUACUGCAGUUUUAAAAUUAUUUGAGCAUUUUCUUCUAAUCCUUUAUCCAUGCAUCUCUAGGUCCAGACUGACCCAAGGCUGAAUUCUUGGUUUGUUGUCUAUCAUUCUUUUUUUGAACCUUGCCAUUUGCACUUAACUUACACAGUCCAUUAUUUUGUCUUCCUCAUCCUCCAUUAGUCGCUUUUAACCCAGUGAGUGGCAGUACUCUCCCCCUGACAAGUAAAAUCGUCUGGCGUUAGACAGAGUAAAAUAAUAAAGUAGGGCGCAUCUGGGCGCAUUGCCACUUAAAGGGUUAAUAUCUCUAACCCCAUACUGUCUCUGACCACCUGUCCUUCAUCUCUUCUUUUUGUGCAUGUCGAUCAAUCUCAGCCUUCUUCUCUUAAUUCCACUUGUUGUUCUGCAGCGAAAGCCCUAGGAUCCGGUCAUCGUUUUCUACUGUUUUAAAUCGUUCUGCAUAUAGUACCAUAACCAGUUUAUGAUCAUUUUGCACUCCUGCCUUUUUGGUACCCUUAUCGUUUCGUACUCCGAUUUGACUAUUUUGUACCCAGGCUUUCUCGAUUCGUAGUAACUACUCAUCCCCUUAAAGAACGUUCGUAUCCACAGGUGGUCGCUUCAUACCUGGAUUUUUAGUGGAGAUUUUACGGUUGAGUUUGUAAUAUUCAGUUAUGCAAAAUAUUCUCCAGAAAAUAUUUUCCAGUUUAACUGCACUAGUGCACUUUCCUACAGUCAAACACAGGCUGCACUUGCCAGCCGUUGGUGCACGGGUGCACGCUUUGAUGAUGAGUAAUAGACGCGUAUCCAUUUGACGAUGAUUAGACGAACACAUGUAAUCCUCGAUGAGGUCUUGUAAUUAAGACUGGUUGUAAGACAAUUCAAUUUUGCAUAGGACGAAAGAGCUGUUAUUUAGGUGUUUUAUGCAUGAUACCUUUUUUAAACCGUAACGAUGAGAAAUGGCCACAUACUCGUCAAAUAAAAAUUGCCGGUCGAAAUCACAUUCUUCCACCGUUGCCACGUUGGGAAUUAAAAAUUAAUUAUGCAAAAUUAAUCAAUCCAAAAGCAAUGCGAGCCUGCUGCAAGGUAUUUGUUUCGUAAAACGUUUUGAUUACGAAUGUUCUCUUUUCAGUGCAGGUUAAUUGAACCAUGUUUAAUGCAAUAAUGGACGUUCUUAUUGUCUCACUAAGACGAAGAUUGACGAGUUGAGCUCAUUUUAGAUAAUUUAACAUCAUUCAACUUUAAUUCCCUCUUUCACCUCUUGCAGGGAAUUGUCUAGUAUGUUUCAUUUUUCAUGCAAUUCCGGCAACGGUGGAAGAAUGUGAUUUCCACCGGCAAUUUUUAUUUGACGAGUAUGUGGCCAUUUCUCAUCGUUACGAUUUAAUAAAUGUAUCAUAGAAAGGCUAAAUAACAGCUCUUAAAAAAACAGCUGUAAAAAUUGAAUUAUUUAGCUAAGUUUAUGAUGCACGACAGCCUGUUGAAUUUCCAUAGCAUUUUUUUAGACACCCUGUAGUUGCAAUUUUCGUAGCUGCUCCUGGUUAAAUGUAAAUAAAUAUAUAAAAUUACAGGCCUUAAAAUAUCGGUCGGUCACGGACAUUGUCCGACCCAUUCGUGAAAUUGUCGGACUUAGAGAGGAAACCACCGGACAUUCUGUCCGACCAAAAUGAAACUGAGGUUUAUUGUUUGUCGGACCCGAGUGUAUUGCUGUCCAACCGAACUGUAGCUUUGUCCAACGUAAAUCAAAAUGUACCCUAGUCAUAGCCUCCUCCGCAGGCAUUGCCUUUCGAUUAUCGGGCAAAAUUUCUUGCAGGCAAAAAGCACGUGAACUACGAGAUGCCUGCGGAGGAGGCUACCCUAGUCCUAGUCCUAGUCCGGGACUAGAGAAAAAGGUGAACUGGAAAUGUUGUCUGUUCUGGCAAGUAAGUUAAUUUUGGCUAGGAAAUAAGUAUGAAAGAAACAAAUUAUUUAAUAUCUUUACAACAUUUACCGUUUAUUCAUUUGUGUCAUUCAGACUUAUUUCCAAGUCAAAACUGAACUGAAGGUCAUCGGACAUAUGUUCGACCCAAACUCAACGUCAUCGGACAUUUUGUCAGACGGCCCUGGAAAAGAUAUUUUAAGGCCUGUAAAAUUUACACUCGAAAUUUCCAUCUACAAAAUCCUUUUACCUAUAAACCUUACCAUGGUAUCACCUUAGUAUAUAUACAUGAAUCGUGGUUAAGUUAGAGCUCGACGUAGGGACCGGUCAUUAUUUAUUGCGGGGGUGGCACCGAUGAGAAAAGGGUUGGGUAAACAAGAUUUUGAGUGAGUAAAAGGUUGAGUAAAUAAAAAGCAAAACAACUCAAGGGUUGGGUAAUAAAAAUUUACUGUAAUUUCCAAAGCACAUGACUCACUGAAAUAUUGGAGAAUAAAAAGCAAUGUCAACAGUCAUAUAUAUAUCAAUGGUGUCAUGGUGUCUCCAAACAAAGUACAUGUGCAGACAACAUGAAACUUUAGACUGCAGGAAAUUUCACAAUCCGUUAAUCAAACUCAUGUCACAGAAGUGGUAUAAGGUCGUAUAAAGGACAUGUGUGACAACUAAAUGGUAUCUUUUUGUAAAUUUUUUGGCCAGGGGUGGGUAUUUAUUUUUCAAUUGAUAUUUGAGGUUGGGUAAUCAAUUUUUUUUACUUUUUAAUGGUUGGGUCAGCAAAAUGUUUGCCACUAAAAACAUUUCUCUUCAGUGUUACCCCCCAGAAUAAAUAAUGAUCAGUCUUGUAAUAGUUGGUUCUCCGCUGCUUGUUUCAGACGGGAAACUCGUCUUAAAUUUAUAUCAGACGAAUAACGCUGCUCGUAACGUUGCAAAGAGACUGGGAUGGAGGGUCUCCUAUUUUGUCGGGUUUACCCGUCCGAUGGUUUUCGUUUCACAUUCAUACCAGACGGAAAUCCGUCACACGAGUUCCUGUCUUAGACGGAAAUCCACGUCGUUGUUAUGCAGUACGAUCACAAAAGUUCUCAUUAUAGUUUAAGUUAUCAUUAUUUACUUGACUAAUGGUUUCGAAAAAGGUUUCCCAUGCAGUGUGAGACCGCGGAUCUUGCACGUUAAUUACAUAGAGAAUCAUACAUGGGGUGCUCGGAAAUACCAGAUUUAUUUCGAGUGUUGAACAUGAUAUCUCACGAGUGAGCGCAGCGAACGAGUGAGAUAUCAUGUUCAACACGAGAAAUAAAUCUGGUAUUUCUAAGCAUCCAUGUAUUAUUCUGGUUAUUAUAUAAAGGACAGUCUUUGAAAAGCGACAAUUUUUCCAGAAAAGCGAUAAUUGAAAAGCGAUAAUUUUCACAUGUGAGAUUAUCAUGAAUAAUCUCACAUGUGAGAUUAUCACUUUUAUCAGUGCUGGAAGUACUAUUUAAAGCACUAUACUUUAUAUAAUAAACGUUCUUAUACAAUGAAAUCUUUGUUUUCUAUUCUUAUGAUUCACUUCGGUGACGUAGGUAUCCUGGAUAAAUAUAAAUAUAAUAAUAAUUAUAAUAAUAAUGAUUCUUAGUAUAUAUCAAUCGACCAUUUUUAAUACUAGGUUUAUGUGACUCAUGGUAUAUGCCAUUUAUUGGGUUACACGCAUAACACGAAAGAAGACUGGAAAUUGGUGAGUUGGUGUACUUGACGUACAUUUUAACACAUUAAUCAUUACUUUGUCUUUGCAAGAUUUAUGGGAAUAUAAGAGCUUUUAUAUGCAAUAAGGGGCCGGUUUAAUACAUGGAGCAUUUUCAACCCCGGGGUUGAACUCAGCCCUGAUUACUGGGUUGAAAUUUCAGUCCUGUCUGUAUAAUGCAAAACUCUAUCAAAAUCAAACGCGCGAUUACCACAUGACAAACUUUUCAACCCAGGGCUGAGUUCAACCCCGGGGUUGAAAUUUCAGCCCCGGGGUUGAAAUUUCAGCCAAGCAGGGUUGAAAUUUCAACCCCGGGGUUGAACUCAGCCCUGGGUUGAAAAUGUUGUCAUGUAAUCCUUUCAACCCAGGGCUGAAAUUAUCAUGACUUAUUCGAGCAUGCGUGAUAGUGACUAUUUAUUACAAGAAAACAAAAUGAGGGCUUUUUCUACUUCCGAGUUCCGGGAAUCGAUGCCGAGAACGUAUAGUAUAGCGUUUCAACCCCGGGGUUGAAAUCGCCCAUAUAAUCGCAAAAAAUUUCAACCCGGUUAACAGGGCCGAGUUCAACCCCGGGGUUGAAAGUUCCAUGUAAUCGGCCCCAUACACUAUGAAUUGAUCCGAUCAUGCUAGUAGACAACAAAGGUUAUGGAGAAUGGUGAUUGAAACUAAUCGCUUUAAAUCGGGAUCGAAUGGAUAUUUCUGAACCUCUUCCCCCCGCUUUACAAAACCGGAGAUGUUGAACGUCCUUCCAUUUAGGCAGAUAGCGAGUAUUCGAUCUUACCUGGCUGACCGUGCAAAAGGGAGCCCUUUGUUAGAGAGGGGUGUACUGGAGGGAGGGGGUGUCUUUUACAUUUGUUUCCAUUUAGCACUUGUAUACCUGUUUUGCAUAUUACAAGACAGUAUAUAAUAAAAUCACGACACAACAGUCAAAGCAAACUCAUUGUAUAUGCUUGGUACGAAUUCUUGUGAACGACGCUAUAUUUAUCACUUAUUUCAGUAAACAAGUGUUUUGUUAUAUAGUAUAAAAGUGUCAAAGUAUCAUGAAAUAAUUCACCGGUUAUUGGAGUGAACUUUGAAACCAAAACUAGAUAAAUGGAAUACCAUAAACGUUUAAUAAAAAAAGAUCAAUAAAAUGAAUUUUGGAACUUCACGGUUGACACGCAUGCGCACUGCACCCAUGCUAUUGUUGACCGGUCAACAAUUGUUUCAUUGUCAUGAGCAGUCAAUAGCGUUCCAGUUAUAUAUUCAUUUCAAUGGUCCUAUCUAACACAUUUAUUGUACUCUGUUAGUGGGCGCCGUUGUCACGUCACUAUCCUACUCACUUGAGAUCACUACAUAUGUUUCACAAGGUAUUUCACGUAAUAUAUGAACAACGUGAGCGAGUGUUUCACCGGGAUAUCCAAACACGAGAAAACAAUGUAUGAAAACACGAGCGCGAAGCGCGAGUGUUUUCAUACAUUGUUUUCGAGUGUUUGGAUAUCCCGGUGAGACACGAGCUCGAGUUGUUUAUAUGGCUUCUCAAAUGAAUCGAGACGUAACAGAAUGUUUUCGCUUGCUGAUUUGAAUAGAAUUCAUAACCAAGCAUAACGUAAUUAGGAAUUCUAUUCAAGUAAUAUUGCAUGCGUAAUUAAGAUAUUUGAUGAAAACACUAGUGACUUUCAUCAAGUAUCCAAAUGGCAUCUUGUGAUCAAAUAGGUGAUUAUCAUUGGCUGAAUUACUCAUGAAUUAUUAAUGAAUUUGAGAAUUAUUUCUCGCCAACUGCGCGCUCAGAAUUAUUAGUUAAACGCCUGUAGUUGAAGAAACGAGUAAAGUUUUUGGUUUCAUUGCAGAUGUUUUCUAAAGAAAAGGAGAUUCUGUCAGCUUUCACUCAAAGAACAGGAAUAAACUGUAUACCAUUAACUUCGUAUUCAAACAAAUACUGCCUUGGAGAUAACAUGUGAAUUUGUUUGCGCUGGCCUGAAUGAUUACGGAGGCGCGCGAAUUUUUUUUUGGUUAUCAAAAUGAGCGAAAACGCAAGUUUUGAGUGUCUUUUUUGGCCAGGAAACAGUAGUUUUACAAGUAUUUAAAUUCAAUUUAUUGUUUAGGGAAAAAUUUGCUGGACAAUGGAUUAAAUUACAUUUUUUUCUUAAAAGAUACCAGUUGUUUUUGACUCCCUGAACAUACGAAAUUAAAAAGCUUAACUUACAU